AUGAUCUGGCUUUCGGGGGUGGAGGGAGGGGUGAACCCGGAGGGGCGGGACGAGCUGCCGCCGGUGGAUGCCGCCACGGACGGGGAGGCGAUGGCGCAGGGGAGUUUCGGCGAGGCAGAUUUUGACGCCAUGAUGGCGGAAUCUGGUGGGUUGCAGGGCGAGGAGGAGGAGGAGGAGGAGGGGAGUAGCCUGGCGCAGACACAGAAUAUUGCCGCCGACACGGCGGAGAUUUCUGAUCCUGCCGUACCUCCACACGAUGCUGAAGCCGGAUCGAACGAAGAUGGUCAGCGUGUUAGAUACCGUCUUCCUCCCCUUGAUAAAGAUGGGUUUCGAGUUUCUGAUCUUGUCUGGGCUAAAUUGCAAGGUCGUCCCUGGUGGCCUGGUGCAAUUUUCGAUCCUUCGGAUGCAUCUGAGCUGGCAUUGAAGCAUCAGAAAGAGGGCCACCAUCUGGUAGCAUUUUUUGGUGACGGCUCUUUUGCGUGGUGUCUGGAAUCCCAGUUGAAGCCUUUCAUGGACAACUGUCUAGAGAUGGAGAAACAAGGCAAUUCUGAUGCCUUCACCAAUGCAGUUAAUUAUGCGCUUCAAGAACUCUCAACGCGGAUAUUGACGGCCGCGAGUUGCUCUUGUCUCCCAGAAUACCUCUCUGAGAAUGGCAUGUGUUAUCUGCGUGGGAAUUCUGGGCUCAAGGCUGGAGUUGCUUGCUCUAAGGUUAGCCAGGCUGAGAUAUUGCAAUAUUUCAGUCCAGAACACCUUCUUCAUUAUAUGAAGUCGCUGGCUCUGUCCCCUUGCCAAGGAGGUGUUCUGCAGGAUUUAGUGAUUGCUUGCUCUCAACUUAUGUCUUUCUAUCGGUCUAAGGGAUACGGUGAAAUUGCAUCAUUUCAAUCUGGCAGUGCAUGGGCAGAGGAUAGCAUCGACACAACUGUUACCAAUGAAGUGCAGCCUAGUGUGAAGCCCAAAAGAGGUAGGGGAAGACCUCGUAAGCGAAAGCCUGACGAUGACAUAGAGUUGACAGAGGGAAGGCCCAUUGUGAAGCCUCAGAAUGAACCGAUAGUUCAUAACAACAUUGGUGAAACAGAGUGUGGUGAAGUUGACAUCUCUGUGAAGAAGCCGGCAAAAAGAAGGCGUGUGCAGAGGCGCCAUGGUGUGGACACCAAGGACUUAUUAUCUGGGAUGGCAGCUUCUACUGAAAUGAGCAUGAUUGGAAAAACUGAAGGGGACAGGAGUGAAGAGUGGAAAUUUUUGCCUUGCCCUAAGGAAGAAACAACGGACCAUAUGCAGGACGCCUACUGGUCUGGACUGAGUUUACAUACUGUCUCGACUCAUAGCCUCAAAGGGGCAAGUGGCAAAACAAGGCCGAUACGUAGGCGGAGACAGACGCGACGAACAUGUGCACCUUCAUCAGAUCGUUCUUCCCCUGUAUGUGAUAUGCAGCCUGAAACGUUGGGUGUUAACAGAAAGGUAGAAGUGAUAAAAAGAUCAAUUAUCCACGUUGACGAGAAGAUGGUCCACGAUGUAAACCCCACUGCACUUGUUUUGUGCUUUGGCAAGUCAAUUGCUCUUCCUUCAGAAAUGGAUUUUAUUAGGAUGUUCAGUCGCUAUGGACCACUAAAAGAAACCGAGACUGAAGUGCACAAGAACACAAAUACUGCUAAAGUUGUCUUCAGGAAACGUGUCGAUGCUGAAAGGGCUUUCAGUGUUGCUGGCAACUUUGGCUCUUUUGGACCUUCACUUCGAAGUUUUCGUCUUGCGAAUAUGCCAUUUUCUCUAAGAACGACUGAAUUGAAUUAUCCCAAGUUACGCCCUGAAGGCAUGGAGACUCCUGCUUGUAGGGUGUCUGGAGUUGCACUGGAUUCUGCGCAAAUUGACAUCGUCGACAAAGCUGACAAAGGUGAAACUGUAAGGAAUCCAUCAGUUGAACACACUGAGAUGGUCAAGCUUGCAGGACAAGAUGAAGGCAAUACCGAGCGUGCUUUACAUGCCGGAGGCAGAAAUGAAGAGUCACCUGAUGUUCUCUCAGAUACCAUGCAAACUGGAAUUGUAGAUGACACCCUAAAACACAAACUUGUGUGUGUACAUGGUGUUGUCAAGGCCUCGGAAGAUACCAUGGAAGUUGAUAAUACGGAUGAGUCUCGAGAAGAAACUAGCAUGCCUAAGGACCUGAGAGCUCAAGCUUUUACUCGAUAUGUACCAAAACAGUCUGUGGGGGAUGAGUACACGCUCCAGGGAAUCGAGGGGUCAACAGUUGAAAUGCCUGUUGGGGAGGCUAGAAAAUUUAGCUGCUGCUGA